AUGUCGACACCAGUAUCAGCUAUUCUCGAGCGCAUCGCGGCAGCAGGCAAGGCUUAUGAAGGUGAUGAGAUCGGCUCGAGAGAAAACCUUAUUGAACUCGGUCGAGAUCUGGUAGCAGCUCUCGAAAUUCCGAGUGAGUUCCUGCAGAGGAGCUUCUGGGCUGAGCCGGCGAUGUCAGCGCACUGCAAGUUCGCCGUCCAAGUCAAGCUCUUCCAGCACCUCAGAGAUGCAGGCGAGGCAGGUGUCAAUCCUGACGAUCUUGCCCAAAAGACGGGCGUCGACUCGGUACUGUUGCAACGGAUCAUGCGUCACCUCGUCGCCAUGAAGAUCGUUUUCUUCUCCAAUGGCAAGUUCCUCGGAACACGCCUGAGCCACGGGCUCGCAGCGAACAACUACCAAAAGAGCAUCGACUUCUGCUACGACGUAGCGCGGCCCUCAUUCAAUGGCUUCCCGGGGUUCUUCAAGAAGACCGGCUACGAGCUACCAACCUCGCUUACGGAUGGUCCCUUCCAGGCCGCCCAUGGUACAGAGUUGCCGUUCUUUUCAUGGCUGGCCGCGACGCCUCCUCAUCUGGAUGAGUUUGACAACUUCAUGUCGGCGUACCGCGCUGGAAAGGCGAACUGGUACGAUCCGGGCUUCUACCCGGUUGCUGAGCGUCUGAUUGAGGGUUUCGACUCGAGCAACAACGAGGCGCUUCUUGUGGAUGUCGGUGGUGGUCGUGGUCACGAUGCCCAGCAGUUCGUGGCGCAACAUCAAUCGCACCCCGGAAAGGUCGUUGUGCAAGAUCGAGAGCCGGUCAUCGAAAGCAUUCAGGACAAAGACAAGCUUCCGUUCGAAAGCCAGGCUCACGACUUCUUUACUCCCCAGCCUGUCAAAGCAGCAAGAGCGUACUCGCUGCACUCGAUCAUUCACGACUGGGGCGAUGAGGAAGGCAUCAAGAUUAUUGAAAAUCUGAAGCCGGCGCUUAAGCCCGGCUACUCGCGGGUGCUGCUGAACGAGAUUGUGCUCUCAGAGGAGAAGCCUACCAUCGCCGCUACCUCAAUGGACAUGAUGAUGCUGGCACAUUUUGCUGUACGCGAGAGAACGGAAGCGGACUGGAAGGCGAUACUCGAGAAGGCUGGUUUGAAAUUCUUGAAGAUUUACAAUUACCCUGGUGUCGCUGAAAGCGUCAUCGAGGCGGAGCUCGAGGCAUGA